CAGUGAUUAAUUUGAGGCAGAUCCCGCCCAGGCCUUCGUCCUCCGCAGGCGGGAACAGCGGAUGCAGCAGGGUGUGAUCAGGAUGCAGGCAUUGUGGCGAGGCCACCAUUCCAGAAAGCUCCAUGACAUCUGUAAAGUGGUGGCAAUGAGACUUUGUCUGCAGAAGGUGUCUGAGCAGAUCCGAGAGGAGGACAGGCUGUGCAACAAAACAUCCUGGGCCAUAGAGUACCUCCUCAAAUAUAAAGACUUCGCCUGUAUCCUGGAAGCUCUGAAGAACCUGGAGACAGCCACUAGGCUGUCCCCAGAGUGCUGUGAACGUCUGGUGACCAGUGGAGCCACAUUGGUCAUCUUCACGCUGAUCUUCAACUGUAACCGGAGCGUCACUUGUAUGGAGGUUAUCACCUACGCUGUUCAGGUCCUCCUCAACCUCUCUAAAUAUGACCAGACAACAGAGGCAGUGUAUGCGGUAGAGAACUCUGUCGACACGCUUCUCGACCUUCUGCAGAUUUACAGGGAGAAAGCAGGCGACAAGGUGGCCUACAAAGGAGCCUGCAUCUUCACUAAGACCUGCCUCCUCCUGGUCAUCCUGCUGCAGGACAAACGCAGGGUUCUGGAGAUGAGGAAGCUUCCCAAGGCUGUUGAGCGGCUCCACAGCAUCUAUCGCCUCACUGCAUGCAAACACAAGAUGGAGGCAGAGAGGACUGUGGUUAAGCAGAAGAUGAACGCAUCCAUUAACGGAAGCUUUAUCGUCCAGGCAACACCACGCAAAUCCAAGCCGAUGUCAGUUGUGCAGCAAGUGUUUCUUUUCUUACCGUUUUACAAAUGUCCAUCAGGUUUAGCUAUUGUUCAGCCUAAUUGACCCAAGUUCUUGGAGUUGUAUCUCCCUGAGUCAACCUCUUUAACAGGAUCUGCCGGUAUGCAGAGCCUGUUUCUACAUGCAAGUAUUUUGGGCUGAUCUUAAACAAAAAUAGUUCAGAAUUAAUUUUGUCUUUUUGCAUAACUGACUUACAGUUGACAAGCAGUGUUCACUAGUACAGCUUUGAUUUGGGGAUAAGUUCUUGAUGUUUUGGAUGUGGAUUCUCUGCAUUUUUUUUAUAUAUGUUUGUGAUUGGGUGACAUCGAAUUGUCCUUCAUAUUAAUGAGAAUUAAGUGAACACAAGUAGUGUCGCCUGAAAUCUCCAGACGCCAAACAAUAGGUUAUAUUUUGGUCGUGUUCACAGGCCAUUUUAAUGCACAGCUUAACCAUGCAGUGAAGAUGAUUAACAUCUCACUUCAAACGCUACUCGUUCCAUGAAGCCAAACUAAAACCAUGCUUUUCACACAUUUGUUUUAUAUUCAAAUGUUUUACUCCUCUUCAAACUCUGUUAUCAGGCUCCCUCAUGUUCACAAUUUUUGAAGUCUUCAGUGUAAAGUGCAGAGAUUUUGAAUUGUACAAGUUUUUCUACUAGUAUUGCCACUGCAUUUGACCUUUUCUUCAAGCAAUAUCAUUUUUAUGUGCCCCAAAUAAGUCUGAUAUUGUUUAUUUUUGCAGCCAACUAGAUAACUGCUUGGAACUAUGAUCUACUAUGCAGUUGAUUCAACCUUCUAUGAAUGUCUAAAGAAAUAAAUACUUUAUAAACCAGUUGUCCAUGA